AUGAGGUUUUCAUUUCAAACUACCCUUCAAUAUCCAGAUCAACAAUGGCAUUGGUCAGUUACUCAGUUUCCUGUUGAUUACACACUUAUAAACAAUAGGUGUGAUAGACAGUAUAUUGGAGAAAGUAUCAUUGAUUUAACUGAACUUGUUGGACCACUUGACAUGCCUGGAAAUCAAACAGGUUCAAUAGAAAUUUCAGAUGUUAACUUAACUGGUGAAAGAGGUUUAUGGGGCAAAGGUCUAAUACUUCAAGAUGUAUAUUCAGCUAGAAUCAUUUGUGCCUCUAUCACGGUACUUGAAAAGAAUAUAGAAAAAUUUGCACAAGCACAUUUUUAUGAAACUAUAGCAGGAACUGUUUUGUUUCGAUGGUUGGGAGAUCACAGUGGUGACAAUACUAGUGAUGCAUUAAUUUAUGUAGAUUUAUAUCAUAUUAAUAAUAAAAGGUUACAAAGUUCAAACUACACAGAACAUUUCUGGAAAAUGUAUGUAACAGACACCUUUGAUGUUAGUAAAGACAAAUCAAGUUGCAACAUUUUACAAACAGUCUUUGAUCUUGACCAUAUGGGUAGUGGAAGAGCCAUUGGUGAUAUUGAUGUGCGAUUAGGCAAAAUAAAAGUAGCUACAAAUCAUCAUAAGAGAUAUAGAACUUUAUAUAGAGAUACAAAAUUAUCUAUACUACCUGCUGAUUUACUUGGUCCUCAUCAUCAAUUAUAUUUAGUCAUUUUUCAUCCAACACAUGAUGAUUCAUUUUUAGUUUGCAGUAAGAUUCAUUACAGCAAACCUAUUUUUGUUAAAACUUUAAUUAAUUCUCAUGGUAUUAAAGGAGAAGUAUCACUAAUGCAAGUAACUCCAUUUGAUCCCACAUGGAUUAAUAUAUCCUUAACACCAAUUCAUGACUUAGAAACGAGGUUGCGCUAUGCUACUAAAAUAAAGUCAUAUAGGAUUCAUGAACUUCCUCCAGAUCCAAUAAAAGUUUCAAAUGAAACUACUGAAAUAUGUAAAACAACUAAAGAAAUGUAUAAUCCAGCUAACAUUGAUGUAAUGUCUGUACCACCAGCAGGAUUUGGAACUCAAGACCAAUAUGCUAUUGGUGAUCUAUCUGGAAAACUUCAAGGUCGUAAAGAAGGAUCAUAUCAUUAUGAUAUUUUAUCAGGAAGUUCUAAACUUAAUGGAAUUUAUUGGGAUGUAUAUCUUCCACUUUCUGGGAUGUACAGUGUAGUCCAUCGGAGUCUUGUUCUUCAUAAAUAUAAUGAAACUGAUAAUAAAAGUACCAUACCAUGGAUCUGCGGCACUUUUAACCUGUAUUUACCAGAUAAUACUGGACAAAUACCAAUAUUAUCUGCACAAAUGGCAAUGCCAUAA